AUGCAGCCAAAGCUUGACGGCGACGCGAGCGCUGCGGUGUCGUCUGCUGCAGGCGCUACAGAUACCGAAGCGGAUACCACGACCUUGAAGCGUCUCCUGGAAGCGGCAGAGGAGAGAAGGAGAUGGAUUGCCAAGCGGAAUGACAUCGUAAUGCGCAAAAAGAACCUGCUGAAGCUGCUCGAGCUUCAAGCUGGAAAGUCUGCAACAGUCACGGAAAGUAACGCUCAGCGAGAGAAAAACGAGGCGGAAGCGAUGACGAGAGAAGCAAAAGACGUCGAUGCGAUGGACACUGCCGCGCUGGCGCGAAAAAAGGAGUUACAAGAGCUCCAGAUGCGAGCAGGAGCGGCCAAAAAGACACAGCAGAUGGCAGCAAGUGUGCUGGCGAGGAAUUUGAAGCAGCUGCAAGUCAAACGCAAAAGAGACGAGAGGGAAACACACGAUGGAUGGAGGAAGCGGGAUUGUGUAGCGAGAGAUGGCUCGGCUCACAUUGCCGCUGCUAUUGCUGCUCCUUUUACCCCGACUACCACUGCUGUCCCAGACAUGCCCCCUUUUGCCACUGCGCCAGACUUGGAUGUAGGAACGCCAGAACUGACAGAGGCUGCGUGCUUUCGUAUCGCGACGCGUCAUCUCAUGCAGACGGGAUUGAUGAUCUCCAGCGAAAAGCUCAAAGAGGCGUUUGCAGUUUACACAGGGAAGAUUUUGGACGAGGGCAUGGACUCGCUAGUACUGGACCGCUGCUUGGUGAGCUCCGAUGUUCGGGAACCGCGACACACUUCUUGGACCUCAAUUGCGACAAAGUGUGUGCCAUGGCAACCCGGGCGUCAAUCGUUAGAGAUCCCAACGUUUAUCUCGUCUAGUGCAGCUCGCAUUCAGUCGUUGAUCGAUGUUGAGAAGGAAGUGGUUGCUGCCGCUUGUAAUACGCUGCAGCCGCUGGAUGUACAGGAGCCUGAUAGGAGUGCAGAGCUUAUCAGGAGGCAUCGACACGCAAGCUUCAUGGAAACCUGGCUGGCAAGCGGUGGUACAACUCCUACGCUUUCAGUUCUUCUUUGUGCCAGCAUUGGUGUGCAUCGUGUCGAGCCAACGAUUGUCAGGAGUUUUGGCAUGCCAAACCGAUCGAAUGGACAAAUUGCAGACGUUUUUGAUGAUGUGGGGCGAUGGUUGCGCGAACAAGCUGAGACUACUGGCCAGUACAGCAACUUACCUCUGCAGUCAGUCGGCCUCGAUACAUUUCGAAUGGCUGGAGCUUCUGUCUCCUCGAAGUACGCAAAGCCAUUUUCUGUCGAAAACGAAUCAAUAGUGAGGCAACUCCGGGGAGCCGAGACGGCAAAUGCAUCUACACUCGAGAAAACGAUCGACCCUAUGAAAAUAUUGUGCCACUACGAAUUGAAUGGAGCUUGUAACGACGAGAAUUGCUCGAACUAUCACCAGAAGGACUACAAAUCAGUCGGCAGGAGCACAAGCAGUGUCGGCCAUCGCACUUUCGAUGGCAGUGAUACGAAGGAUGCGAAACAGACUGAGCCGGAUCAUUUGCUGCUAUCGUUUGCUGAACUUCGUGGUAAACUUAUGAAAAAGUGGCCAUUGAUAAGUACGCAGACACUUUCUGUGGCUAUCGGGCAGAGCAGCAGUGGGAAACCCGACGUUCCAGACGUGACGAUGUCUAGUGGAACUAAUGCGAUGGAGCGAGUAGGGAGACACGGGGUACGUCAUGGCGAGGACGCAGAUGCGAAUGAUGACAACUUUAUAGCGCUUGAAAAGGACGGAGAACCUCUUGAGGCUGUCGAUGCUCGUUACUUUAGAUCGCUCGACUCGGGGAAAGCGGUCGGUGACAAGCUCGUAGAAAACGUGGAAAAUGAUCCGAACAACCCCGCCGCGUGGCUUCUUCUUGCUAUAUAUCAGCUCGACCUGGAUGGAGGCGUGAGCGAUGAAAUCGCGCAGCAGUCGGACAACGAUCGCCUCCACCAACAACUUGUUUUUCUGAGCACAGAGCUCGACACAAAUCUUCGCGGUGGCGCCUCGCACGUCAUCGAUGUCGGGGAGACAAAUUUGAAACGGUGUCUGCAUACGCUUUCACGCGGUUUGGAAGUCGAAGCCAAUGCAUAUUGUGAAGCGCUUUGGCUACUGUACCUUUGUCUGUGCAAACAGGUUACCAACAAGCAAACGCAACUCGACAUGGCCGAACAAGCCGUACAGUUUUUGCCAAAUUCCCACGCGUUGUGGCUUCGUUACGUUUCGACUUACGAUUUCGAUUCCGUGGGCAUGGCAGAAGAAAUAUACUGGCGACUUUUGGCUCAUCUUGCUCAAGACGCGAUGGCCACUGAAGAUGGGCAGCUUGCUUUGAAACCAACUCCUACCAAGCAACGAUCGAUCCUAUUGGCAGCAAUAUGCUUUCAUCUCUGUAUAAAGUUGUGGAAUGCUGGGGCAACAAGUCGAGUGGUAGAAAUUCUGUCAGCUUUGCUGGAGUUUGGCAACACGUCUUCGGACUUGGAUUGCUGUAGUAUGAUCCGCGGACAAUUACGCAGCGAGGAACUGGUAGUAUUUUGUUUGGCGUUCGCUCAUGUUCUCCUUUUUAACGAGCUGCCCGAAUUGAUCGAGCACUGGGUAGUUGCUAGUAGCGAUGAAGACAUUCCAGUCAAGGGAAUGGCUUACAGUCUUGGAUUGUUUGAGCGUGCUUGUCUUCAUAAGGACGAAGACAUUUUUGCCCGAGUCUUGGCCGCCUACGAUCUCGCGUAUCAAACGUUUGAAAAGGAGUGCGACAACGAUCGCGACACUGGCAAUGUUAUACUAGUCAACUGGAUGCUUGCACUUGCACACCAUGACGAUCGUGGCGAGAACAAGAAGACCCUGCAGACGUUUUUCGAGCAGAAGCUCGAUGCCAUCCAGCAGUUUCCUGAUGCUUCACUGAUCGCUGCGAAGCUAAUGGGGUCAACACAGACCGGCAAGGAACAGGGGUGUCAACUAAUGGUCAGCAUGGUGAGUCAAAGUCUGUUAGCCACGUUUCCAGAGGCUUUACACCGUUAUUUGUCAGCGUGUCGCCAGUUCCCCGAACUCGUCGAUGCUUUGAAUGACACGUUAGUCAACACGAUGGAACGCUUGGCGGGUCUUUUGUGCUUUGACGUUGACGAGGUCAAGAAGUCUUUCCACGACAUUAUGUACGACACCAAUAGUGUGUGCAAGUUGCGCGCUCAGAAAGCAUUGUUGGAUGGUUUGCUGGCCGCAUGGGUUGACAAGUUUGGUGCGCUACAAACGUUGAACCGAGACCGAUCGAUUGAUGAACGGCCGAAACAGCUCGCACAAAUUUGUGUGGCGCUAGACAUAUGUCAAUUGAUGGGCAUUUUGUUGGGACCAUCCGCUGCGAUUGAUGGCAUUCAAAGGGUUUUGAGCUCGUCAAGCUUUGGUGCUGUCUCGUACGAAGCAAGGCAGCUUGCAUGGGCUCAACGCUUUUUAUUCCAGUUGGACCUGCUGCAACGAAACGAGCCCGAGAGCCUGCCAUGGCGGGAGCACCAAGCGAGGUUAACGCGCUUGCUUCAUAAGUAUAUGGACGAGAUGAGCGUAGAGGCCGAACUCGCACGCCAAGUCUCACAGUAUGUUCGGCGCGACAUCGCCAGAAAUGCUGUGGACGGUGCGGUGCGCGCUUGUCUAUAUCCGGAACGGCACCACUUGAUUACGUUUGAUGUCAACCUGCAACUUUUUCUGCUCUGUUCGAGCGCAGUAGCGGAGAGAGAGCAGGCUGCUUUUUACGCAUCGUUCACGACUUCACUUGCGCUUUCACCGGAUUUUUCGCUCGCCUUUACUAGUAUUGCUUGUCAUCGAUGGGAGCUUUUGGCUGCGCGAGCAAGCCUGAAAAAAUGUCUUGCGGGAACAAAGACACGGCGUUCUUUGAUACUACAAGCGUUGGUAGCUGUGGAGGUGCGAUUGGGAAACAUGAAGGCAGUGUCCUGUCUGCUUCAGAGCGAAAUCGUAGCGGACCCGCUACAGUUGGAGACUUGGCGCCUGAUUGUGGGCCUGGAGGUUUUGUUUGGAGAAACGUUGGACGCGAGAUCAGAACAAAUCGCAGAAGACAUGGAAAAGCGGCAAGUGGUGUUUACGUGCAACACAUUUGGCGACGACAAAAGAUCGAGCCAAAAGGAUAUACUGCAGGGUGGAGAUUUUGAAUCUACAUCCCUAAAUCUGCGAGGCCUUGGCUUAACACACGUUCCGAAUGCCGUAUUGUUGAAUGAGAAUCUGGUAUCGUUGGACAUCAGUGGAAACAAGCUCACGGAUCUACCCGCGGGCUUGUGUCGACUGCAAAAUCUUCGCACACUUAAUGUGUCAGAGAACGCGCUAAUCAAGUUUCCUGCAUGUGUUCACGGUCUCACUCAGCUCAAAGAGCUGAGACUGGCGCACAACAAUCUGACCACGGUUCCACUUCCAGAACUGUCACAUCUCGUUGUCUUCGAUGUUCGCUGGAAUGCAAUCACUCGCUUUCCCGCACGGGCCUCAUUCCCACCGUUACAUCUGAGUGUACUGCAGGCUGAGGGAAACGCGAUUCCAGCGGGCGAACUGUCAAGAAUCUCCGAGUCUUUGUCGCGCAAAACGGGUGACGCCUCCCAUGGCUUGAAUACCCAAGAGUCGAUGUGUAAGCUGGACAAGGAGGUUGAAGAAAACGGUGAAGGCCAUAUGGAAAUGCAGACUGGCGUCAAAUUUUGUGAAAGCACAAGUGGUCAACACAAUGAGGCGUGUCUUUUCGAGUCCACAGAAGUUGAAAUGGCCGUUGGAGAUACAGACGCAGCGUCUGUUCGCACGGAAAGAGAAAGUGGCGAAGACCAAGCCACGAAACAAAAGGCCGUCGACACUACUCGAAAGUCGAAUGAGGACGAAGAGGAUCAGACGUCGGACAACUCUGUGACUCAGCCGAAAAGAUGCAGCGCUGGUCAAGUCGUGGUAGAGGACGACGCUGACACACAGUCGAAGCAAGGCCAGACCUUGGAUGAAGAGAAUGCCGGUGGUGAAAUGUCAGAUGCGGUGUCUACGGCAGGCAUUGAGCAGACCUCAAUUGAAAAGAACACUGCUGGUGUACUGACAAAAAAUGAGCUGACCACGGCGAGUACAGCUGCUGAGCAGUCGAGGGAGACCGUUGAGAUGGACGGGUCGAACUUUUGCGAAGGAGAGGGUUUGGAGACGCUAGCGUCCGACGAUCAUGUCGCAGCUAUUAACCUUACGACCGAGGUCGUGGCGGCAGUGGCAGCGACUCACAGCGUGAUCGAUCUGGCGAUCUCGGAUAUCAACGAUCCUGACACGGCCGGUAUGGCUAAAAAUGACGCGCUCGCGCACGAUCGUGUUGUCUCGACCGUAGCUUCUGAGCGACAGUCCGGGCAUGACGGGAAAAUUGUCACACGGAGAGAUCUCGCUGAGUAUAUGGAGCAAAAUCACAUCCACAGCCGUGCCGAAGUCCGGGCGCGCCACCCGGCAUUGUGGCGACAAUUUUUGGCUAACUGUCUACCCAUGGGUCUCGAGCUGCCAGCAUGUAGACUGUGCUUUGCGCCGAAUGAUGGCUACAACCAGCGUUUCAACACCACAGUUCUCUGUGUGCGCUGUCUCGAAGACGCUCUCAUCGUGCUAAAGCAUCGAAAUGAGAACUCGAACGAGGCACAGGAGAUCGGUUGA